AUGCUCCUCAUCGGGCUGACCGGGUCCAUCGCGACCGGCAAGUCGACCGUGUCGUCGCUCCUCGCCAGCCCGCCGCACAACAUCCCCGUCAUCGACGCCGACCUCCUCGCGCGCAAGGUCGUCGAGCCGGGCACGUCCGGCUACGCCGCCAUCGUGACGCACUUUGCCUCGUCCACGCCCGACCUCCUCGUCGCCGCCUCGUCGCCCGACAUGCCCGCCGACGGGCCCUCUGGCCUCGGGCGGCCGCUCAACCGCCCCGCGCUCGGCCGGCGCGUCUUUGGCGAGUCCGAGUCCCUGCGGAGAGACCGCGCCGUGCUCAACGGCAUCGUGCACCCGGCCGUGCGGCGGGAGCUCGCCAAGGCGGUCAUGGCGGCGUACCUGCGCGGGCACUGGGCCGUGGUGCUCGACGUGCCGCUGCUGUUCGAGGGCGGCCUGGACCGCUUCUGCGGCGUCACCGUCGUCGUGGCCGUGCGCGACCCCGAGGUGCAGCUGCGGCGGCUCACGGCGCGCGAUCCGCACCUCACCCGCGAGGACGCCGAGAACCGCGUGCGCAGCCAGGGCAACGUGCGUGAGAAGGCGGCCCGGUGCGCGGCGCGCGGCGAGGGCAACGGCGUGGUGCUGUGGAACGACGGCUCGAGGGAGGAGCUCGCCGAGAGCCUGGGGAGGGAGAUGGCCAGCCUCAAGGCGAGGAGCCCCGAGUGGUGGUCGUGGGCGCUGCUGGGAUGCCCGCCGCUGGCGGUGCUGGCGGCGGCGUGGCAGUUCUGGCAGAAUACGCGGCUGAACAGGAAGUGGCAGGAGAGCAAGCGGACGAGUAAGCUGUAG